AUGCCUGAGAGGCGUCAUGCAGGCGAGAAGAUGGAGGGCGAAUACCAUCAAGCCAACUUCCGAUUUGUAGCCCCCACAUCGGGCACGCCCUCCGAUAUCUUCCUCGUUUCGGCGCCGUUCGACGUGGAAGACUCGCGUCCAGGACCUGUAGAACAGAUGUGGGCAAGCAGGAUAGCCUGUCACUCCCAAGUAACAGUGCCAAAUGUUGUUCGAGUUAGUCAAACUCUCAACCAAAAUUGCCCCCUUUGCUUCCUGCUGACACCUCACGAGACUGGCCAAGCACGUGGACGUGCACGGCACCAACGGUGGCCGAAGCUGGCUCCAGCCAGUGUCCAGCUGAUCAUCCGGCGCCCCUAUCCCAGAGAUUUUCCCCAGGGAUUCAGCGGCGCCACGGGGGGCGGGGUGGUUGGGUGCGAGGAGUCACCGCGGGAGGAGCAGAAGCAACCCAAGUGCCGGGACAUGCUGGGAGAUUGUGCUUCAGGCCAUCGUGACCUUGCUCGCACCCCCAGACAACGAACGCACUUGGCACGUAUCAAGCGCUAUGUGUGCGAGCCGGUAGCAGUCCCCCACAGGCGGCGCCGGACCGGAUUCAAGGCCAUGAACGGACUCGUCUCAAGCGGCGAUGGUGCAGUUCACGUUACGGACGGCCGCGCCCAGGAUAAAAACGGAAAUAUUAUUUUGGCUCGUUGA